GACUCUUCCUAAAAACAAAAUGGCAACUAAGUCAGCUACCUCGGUAGCUUACUAGCCAACAAUAAACUGAUGCAUUGAAACUCCUUUGAUAAUUUGUAUAUUAAUCUGUCUUUUAACACAAUUUAAACGUAAUAUGCUUGUUAAAUGUACUACAUUGUUAAGAGGGAUACUGAGCUAAGACUAGACUAGGCUAGUCACUAAUGCUAGCUAGCUAACAUCACUGACCAUGAGCUCGCUAAACUACUCCCCCUCUGCUAAAGAAGCUCUGGGGCUGAACAUUAUCGUGGAAGAAGAGGAGGAUAUCACAGUGAAAGGAGAGAAAGAAGAUUUCAGAAUUAAAAAGGAGGAUGUUACAGUGAAAGAAGAGAAAGGACCGUUUGGAGUGGAAGAGGGAAUAGAGUAUGUAACAGUGGAAGAGGAGGAGAUGGAAGCUUUCAGAAUUAAAGAGGAGGAAGUUACAGUGAAAGAAGAGAAAGAACCGUUUGGAGUGGAAGAGGGGGUAGAGGCUGUCACAGUGGAAGAGGAGGAGAUAGAAGCUUUCAAAAUGGAAGAGGAGGAUAUCAUAUUGAAAGAGGAGGAGGCUGCUACAGUGGAAGAGGAGAAAGAACCGUUUGGAGUGGAAGAGGGGGUAGAGGCUGUCACAGUGGAAGAGGAGGAGAUAGAAGCUUUCAAAAUGGAAGAGGAGGCUCCCUCAAUAAAAAAGGAGGACAUUUUGGGAGUGAAAGAAAGGGAAGAAAUUGGGGAGGAGACUGAAGACCUGAUUAACACCAGAGAGAGACCAGACUCUCCCUCUGACAUGAGUCCUUCAGAGGAAACAGACCCAGGGAAGAGGCCUUCAGGUGAACCAGACCCAGGGAGGAGACCUUCAGUGGAACCAGACCCAGGGAGGAGACCUUCAGGGGAACCAGACUUGGGGAAGAGUCAUUCAGGGGAACCAGACCUAGAGACUGCCAAACCAGUAGGACGGCACUGCUGCUCCCACUGUGGAAGGAAAUUUACCAAGUUACACAACCUAAAAGAGCACGAGAGGACACACACAGGAGAAAAGCCUUUCCAAUGUUCCCAGUGUGGAAAGAGUUUUAGCCGGUUAGACAGCCUGAAAAUGCAUGAAAGAAUUCACUCUGGAGAGAAGCCUUACCAAUGCUCCUAUUGUGUAAUGAGUUUUUCACGAUCACAGGCCCUCAAAAGGCAUGAGAGGACACACACAGGAGAAAAGCCUUUUCAAUGCUCCCAGUGUGGAAAUAGUUUUACCCUGUUGGCACACCUGAAAUCUCAUGAGAGGACGCACACAGGAGAAAAGCCUUUCCAAUGUUCCCAGUGUGGAAAGAGUUUUACCCGGUUAAGGACCCUAAUUAGGCACCAAGGAAUACACAAAGAAGGAAGGAAGACCUUCCAUUGCUCUCAGUGUGGAAAGAGUUUUACUGAGUUAUGGGGCGUGAAAAUACACGAGAGAAUUCACUCUACACACAGAGGAGAAAGGCCUUUCCAAUGCUCCCAAUGUGGAAAGCGUUUUACCCAGUUAGGGAACCUGAAUUUACAUAAGAUAAUUCACUCUGGAGAUAAGCCUUACCACUGCUCUCAGUGUGGAAAGAGCUUUAUUCGGUCAUGCCAUCUCAAAGAGCAUGAGAAAACACACACAGGAGAAAAGCCCUUCCAAUGUUCCCAGUGUGGGAAGAGUUUUGCCCGGUUAUGGAACCUAAAAGAGCACGAGAGGAUACACACAGGAGAGAAGCCCUACCACUGCUCUCAUUGUGGAAAGACCUUUUCCCGAUUAAGGGAACUGAAAUCCCAUUACAUUUCACACACUCUUAUCCAGGGAGAAUAACGAUUGUUGAAUUCACCUUAAAGGUAGCUAGCUAGGUGAGACAGCCACACAUCACAGGCAUAGUAAGUACAUUUUCCCUUCAUUAAAUAGUUCUCAGUGAAGUCAGUGCUAGUAGGAAAAGACACGUUCAGGUCAGAUUUAUUGAAGAUACUCUUUGAAGAGGGUCAUCGUGGUUUUCAAGGUUCGUUGCACAUGAGAGAAUAAAGAAGCUAUUUUCUGUC